AUGACUAAGUAUAUGGCGAACACAAAGGGUAGCAAGAUCAAUAGUGUAUCUAGCUGGAGUAUACAGAUUGUUAAUCGAUUUGGGACUAAGAACAAUGUUGUCUUAAAUGACCGGAAGUGUACAUGCCAGGCAUUUCAGAAACUUAAAAUACCGUGUGGACAUGCACUGUUUGCAGCCGAUUCUGUUGGACUUCCGUAUGCGAGCUUAGUGGGAGAUUGUUAUAAAACUUCAACAUGGGCGGAAACUUACCAAGGUGUUAUUAAUCCAGUGGGUAACCCGAAUGAAGUAGAUGUACCUAUGGAGGUCAGUAGUUCAAUUUUGUUUCCACCUAAAACAAGAAGACCUUCCGGCCAUCCUAAGGAGUUGCGGAUACCCUCCAUUGGCGAGAUUAAGGGUAAUCAGGUGUCAAAAUCAGUGCCAAACAAGUGUGGACGGUGUCGGUUGUCUGGACACAAUCGAAGCAGCUGCACAAAUCCGAUUUAG